AAAAAAAAUCGUUUUUCGUUUCAGGCUUGUAUUAGAAUGUUCCUUGAUCUUGAUCUAGUCGAAAGAUUCCAUAUGGACUACGAAGUCUUGUGCAGGUGGUUGUUAUCCGUUAAGAAAAACUAUAGAAACGUUACUUAUCAUAACUGGAGGCAUGCUUUCAACGUUGCUCAAAUGAUGUUUUCCAUACUAACCGCUACGCAAUGGUGGAAUGUGUUUGGUGAAAUCGAAGUACUUGCUUUAAUGAUUGCUUGUCUCUGUCACGACUUGGACCACCGGGGGACCAACAAUUCCUUUCAAAUUAAAGCAUCGUCAGCUUUGGCCCAGCUCUAUUCAACCUCAACGAUGGAACAUCAUCAUUUCGACCAAUGCAUAAUGAUCUUAAAUUCACCGGGGAACCAAUUUUUAUCGGGUCUUUCGCCUGACGAAUACACUAGGGUUAUUAAGGUUUUGGAAGAUGCCAUUCUUUCUACAGAUCUAGCCGUUUACUUCAGAAAAAGAGGUGCAUUUUUCCAAAUAGUAGAGGAGGGUCCAAAUUGGGCUCUGGAAGAGCACAGGGACCUUCUAAGGGCCAUGCUGAUGACGGUUUGCGAUUUAGCGGCCAUCACUAAGCCCUGGGACGUCGAGAAACGGGUGGCGGAACUUGUUUCGUCCGAAUUUUUCGAACAGGGUGAUAUUGAAAGGACUGAACUUAAAAUAAUUCCUAUAGAUCUAAUGAACAGGGAAAAGGAGGACCAAUUACCCUUAAUGCAAAUAGGAUUCAUCGAUUCUAUAUGCCUACCAGUUUAUGAGGUAAGCUUAAAAAUUUUCAGUUUCGCUAUUCUCAGUUGUCAAAAACAAAAUGUAAAUGAAAUCUUGUCUACGGCCAAGUAAAAUGCUCAAUGCCUUAUUGCGCAAGAUGGUGACGCUUUUACGGUCCGCCCCAUGUUCCGUCUAGGUAUAGUUUGUUUACUUUCUGUAGCGAUGUGACCUUCAGUUUGACUGGCACAAAGUAGAAAAGAACAGCAC